AUGUUGUCACCCUCCCGCAGCCACAGCCUCCUGUGUCUUCUUCCUACGGGAGCUUUCAGUUCCUCAAGCCCAUUUUUUGUGUCAUCUAUUCGUGGUACAAUAAUUGAAAACACAACUUCAACUGGGACUUUGACACAGAUUCCUGUUUUCCCUAAAUAUGAAAUCGAACUUGAUUCUCCCAGAAAAAUCAUCGCUUACCCAGGGAAAGAGCACAUUGAACGUGUUUUGGAAGAAUAUUCACAUCAAGUCAAAGAUUUGCAGAGAAGACUAAAUGAAAGCAAUGAACUACAUGAGAAACAAAAAUUUUACCUAAGGCAAUCAGUCAUUGAUUUACAGACAAAACUUCAAGAGAUGCAGAUGGAGAGAGACGCCAUGGCUGACAUCAGACGAAGGGAGAGUCAGUCUCAGGAGGAUUUGAGAAAUCAGCUUCAAAAUACAGUUCAUGAACUUGAAGCUGCCAAAUGCCUGAAGGAAGACAUGCUGAAAGACAGCAGCACACAGAUGGAGCAGCUCAGAAAGGUGAUGCUGAGUCAUGAAGGAGUCCUGCAGGAGAUCCGGACCAUCCUAACUGACUUUGAAGAUGCGUCGGGCAAGAAAAUACAUGAACAGGACAAUAUGGCUACCAUGCCCUUCAGAAGCUUGGGCACAGCUGUUAGUAAAGUCCUAAGAGAAUUAGACACAGAAAUUUCUUAUCUGAAAGGGAGGAUAUUUCCAGUAGAGGAUCAACUUGAAACACUGAAAACUGAAUCACAGAACAAAAUAGAGCUACUACUGCAACAACAUCAAGACAGAAUUGAGCAAUUGAUAAGUGAACAUGAAGUUGAAAUAACAGGACUUACAGAGAAAGCUAGCAGUGCUCGGAGCCAAGCCAACAGUAUCCAAAGUCAACUGGAAAUUAUUCAAGAACAAGCAAGAAACCAAAAUUCAAUGUACAUGCGUCAGCUCAGUGACCUGGAAUCUACUGUUUCUCAGCUGCGUUCUGAAUUAAGGGAGGCCAAAAGGAUGUAUGAAGAUAAGAUAGAAGAACUGGAGAAGCAGUUAGUCUUGGCCAACUCAGAGCUCACUGAAGCACUCAUAGAGGACCAGUUCAGUGAGGAAUCUGGAAAUUUGGACGACCAGCUUCAAAAACUAUUGGCAGAUCUACACAAGAGGGAGAAAGAGCUGAAUCUGGAGAAGGAGCAGAACAAGCGACUGUGGGACCGCGACACAGGCAAUAGCAUCACCAUUGACCACCUGCGGCGCGAGCUGGACGACCGGAACAUGGAAGUGCAGCGCUUGGAGGCCCUGCUCAAGGCCAUGAAGAGCGAGUGCCAGGGCCAGAUGGAGCGGCAGAUGGCAGCAAUCCAGGGGAAGAACGAGAGUCUGGAGAAAGUGUCCUCCCUAACAGCGCAGCUUGAGUCCACCAAGGAGAUGCUGCGCAAAGUGGUGGAGGAGCUGACGGCCAAGAAGAUGACCCUGGAGAGCUCAGAGAGGACAGUGUCAGACCUGACGGCUUCCCUGCAAGAGAAAGAGCAUGCCAUCGAGGCCACCAAUGCAGAGAUCACCAAGCUCCGCUCCCGAGUGGACCUGAAGUUGCAGGAGCUGCAACACCUGAAGACCGAAGGGGAGCACCUGCGUCAUGCCCAGACCGAGUGUGAGGCCUUGCGGCUGCAGAUGGCAGAAAAGGACAAAGUGAUUGAGAUUCUGCGCCAGCAGAUUGAAAACAUGACACAGCUGGUGGGCCAGCAUGGACGCACAGCCGGGGCCAUGCAGGUAGAAAAGGCCCAGCUGGAGAAAGAGAUAAAUGACAGGAGGCUGGAGCUGCAGGAGUUUAAGAUUUUAAAAGAUAAGAAAGAUGCCAAGAUUCGGGAGCUUGAGGCCAGAGUGAGUGACCUAGAAUUGGAAAAAGUGAAACUGGUGAACGCAGGGUCUGAGCGGCUCCGGGCCGUGAGGGACAUCAAACAGGAGAGGGAUCAGUUACUAAAUGAGGUGAAGAACAGCAGGAGCGAGCUGAACAACCUUUCAGAGGAUUAUGAAGUUUUAAAAAGGAAUUUUCGAAACAAGAGUGAAGAAAUGGAAACUACUACAAAUAAGCUGAAAAUGCAAUUAAAAUCUGCACAGUCUGAACUAGAACAAACAAGGAAUACCCUAAAGUCAAUGGAAGGAUCUGAUGGUCAUGCUAUGAAAGUUGCAAUGGGUAUGCAAAAGCAAAUCACAGCCAAAAGAGGUCAGAUAGAUGCCCUUCAGAGCAAGAUCCAGUUUUUGGAAGAGGCCAUGACAAAUGCAAAUAAGGAGAAACAUUUUCUGAAAGAAGAGAAGAAUAAACUCAGCCAGGAACUGAGCUCUGUUGCAACAGAAAAAAACAAGAUGGCAGGGGAGCUGGACGUUCUGCGCUCUCAGGAACGCCGCUUGAAAGAAAAGGUUGCAAACAUGGAAGUUGCUCUUGAUAAGGCAUCUUUGCAGUUUGCAGAAUGUCAAGAUAUAAUACAGCGUCAGGAGCAGGAAUCUGUACGCCUGAAACUUCAGCACACUUUGGAUGUAAAAGAGCUUCAGGGCCCUGGAUACACCUCAAAUUCUUCAAUGAAACCACGCCUGCUCCAACCAGCCUCUGUCACCCGUGCCCAAUCUAAUAUCCCAUCUUCCCAGUCUACGGCGAGUUUUCUCUCACAUCACUCUGUGAAGACCACUGCACUGAAGGAAGACCCCACAAAGGACCUGAAACAGCUUCUGCAAGAGCUGAGAAACGUGAUCAAUGAGGAGCCGGCCAUGCAGCUGAGCAAGGCGGAGGACGAGGGGAGAGCACCAUCCCUCGGGGCCUUGGAUGAUAGGGUAAGAGAUUGCAUUAUUGAAUCAAGCCUGAGAUCAGACAUAUGCCAUAGAAGCAACAACUCCUUAAGGGACUCUGUGGAAGGCAGCAAGUCAAGUGGAACUCUCAGCAGGGAGCUGGUCACAUUACACGUAGCACUGGAAGAUCCAUCCAGCUGCUUCACAUUCCCCUCUACAGCGAGUCCAUCUGUGAAAAAUUCAGCGUCUCGAUCAUUCAGUUCCCCUAAGAAGUCUCCAGUGCAUUCGCUGCUCACAAGUUCUGCGGAAGAGUCAGUAGGUUCUGCACCACAGUAUAGAUCGGCCAAAACCGCUCCCUCACCCGAUUCUGUGAAAGAUUCACAGUCUCCGCCAGUAGAAACAACAGGGAAAACAUGCAGGAAACUUCAGAACAGAUUGGAAAGCUUACAAACCCUGGUAGAAGAUUUGCAGCUGAAAAACCAAGCAAUGUCUUCCAUGAUCAGAAACCAAGAAAAGAGGAUACAGAAAGUGAAGGACCAGGAAAAAAUGUUACUCAAGUGACACCUCCCUUGCCUGUCUUUAUAGAAGGAUGAUGCCCCUUCCAUUGUGAUGUUACUUAUAAUUAGUGCCCUGUGUACUUUUUGCUUUUUAUGUGAAAGUUUAAUAAAAAUACCCUGCCCUGUAAACUCUGUUUUGAAGUAAACUAUACUUGAAUGUCUCCUGCUAAAAUGUUGAGCCAUACUAGUAGGAUUUGAAGGUAUUUAUACAGGAUAAGAUAUUCACUGGUACUAAUUCCAGUGUAUUAAAAUAAUUGCAUUACUGAUUCUACUAUAAUAGUCGUUUUUUUCUCAUCUUAAAAAAUAAAAUCCCAGCAGGGCUGGGGAAGAUA